AUGGGUCCUGACUGAGAGUGUGUAUGAGUGUGUGUGAGUGCGCGCGCGCGCUUGUGUGUGUGUGUGUGUGUGUGUGUGUGUGUCGCUGUUGGACAGUUUCCAAAAGCAGGGGAGGAGAGUCGCGCAGACACACCUCGGCCCCAAGAAGUGAUCCGGAGACGCGCCGGUGCGGCCCGAGCCACUUUGGCAUUUUUUGAAAAAUCAAACAACUUGAGUUGGAGAAGUCGGGGUCGAAUUCGAGAUCCGUGUGACCCUGGUCUAUCGCUGUCACCGGGGCGGAGUGUCAUGGCAGAGCCAGACUAUCUGGAGGGAGACUGUGAUGAGCUCAUCAAACCUAAGAAGCUGAUCAACCCGGUCAAGAACUCCCGUAACCACCAGGACCUCCACCGAGAGCUGCUCAUGAACCAGAAGAGGGGUCUCGCUCCUCAGAAUAAACCCGAGCUCCAGAAGGUUAUGGAGCAAAGAAAGCGGGAGCAAGUUCUCAAGGCUCAGAAGGAGGAGCAGGAGGCCCAUAAGAAGAGGAGCGACCUGGAGAUAGAGCUCAUGAAAAGACAACAGAAACUAGAGCAGCUCGAGCUGGAGCAGCAGAAAAAUGAGGAGGAGCAGGAGAACACCCCCGAGUUUGUGAAGAUGAAAAGCAACCUGCGCAGGACCAAGCAGGAGACGGACGGGGAGGAACGGACCACCUAAAAACCGGCGGGGGCGUCUGCGUCUGGCUGAUUGUGCGCGUGUUUGUGAGCACAGAGACGUCAGGAGUGUGUUGUACAAAAGAGAGAGAGAGAGAGAGAGAGCGUUUUCCGUGGCGACCCGACCGUGGUCUGAGAUGAACUUUCCGGCUUUCCCAAAACUAGCUGUUCCUGCAGUGAGGAGAGAGACUUUACAGAGUAAAGACCCCCCUCUGUCUGCCUGCCUGCCACGGACCACCAGUACUCACCUCUGCUCCUCGCUCCCACCCAGCAGCACACAGCACCCCCCGCAGGAGGGACCUGACACAGACAUGUUACAUGUUACACACCUUUCUACGGGGGCAAGCAAGCUUCCACUGAGCUCUGAUGGAGAAACAACAUAACCAAACACACAUACACACACACAGGAGUUUUUCAGCCCCUCUGUUUUCACUCCUCUCUCCACAGCGAGCUGUCAUUUCUCUUUACUGUUAUCAAUGUUGUUCUCGUCGUUGUUUUUUGUUCUCAUCUUCAGAAUCAAAUAAGGAAAAGUGGACACUGGAUAGACUCUCGAAGCUGUGUAAUGUAAAAGCCAAAUAAAUGUGCUUUUGUUAUUUAUGUUCUUAGCUUUUAGCCCAGGUAUAGGGGAGGACACUUUUAGUCGUUCUGUAUUUUAGUUUGUUUUACAGUAUAGUUUAUGAAGCCAGAACAGGACAAAGGGAGUGUAUGGAUGUGUUAAACACUUGUUUUCUUUGUUUAUUUUAUUUUUAUUUUUGUUUUAAACAUGCCAUUUCCUCAGCUGACGCAAUUUCGAGCAAUAGUAGAACUCCCAGGCAUGAGUGACAUUUUCUUUAUAUAUUCUGUUGUUUUGUAUGAAUAAAAGUGUUACAAAAUAAAUAAUUCAAGCUUU